AUGGAGACUCUAACCUUUGUUGUAUUAAUGCUUGAAACAACUUUCAUAGCCACUUCCAUAGUAGCAGUAGGUGGGGAGAAUCCGAACCCAAAUGAUAGCAAAGGUGAUCUUGAGGGAAUCACCUGCAGGCCAGGUAACUCUUCGACUGUUCUUAAAGGCUGGGAGAUUCCCAGUGAUGGAAAGAAGUUGAGGGUUGGAGUUCCUCUCAAAAGAGGGCUUGACCAAUUCAUAAAAGUCACAAUUGAUAGCCAGACAAACACUGUGAAGGAGGCAAGUGGUUUUUGUAUAGAAGUCUUCGAGCUAGUAAUGAAGUCUAUGUCUCCUUCUAUACCAUUUGAAUAUAUAAAAGACAAAGCAGUAGCUGGGAACACUUCAAACUAUAAUGACUUAGUUGAUGAGAAUCUGGAUGCAGUAGUGGGUGAUAUUACCAUUUUAUCAAACCGGUCAGAGCACGUGGAUUUCACAUUACCAUUUACAGAGUCUGAGGUCACCCUAGUUGUCCCAGUCAAGCAAGAUGGUGCUUGGAUUUUCAUGAAGCCUCUGGAGAAAGAACUGUGGAUGAUGAUUGCAGUGUUCAUUGUCUUAAUUGGCACUGAGAGGGUAAAAAGCAGCCUAUCAACAUUUGUGAUUAUAGUAUGGAUGUUGAUGGUGCUGGUUCUGAUAUCUAGCUACACAGCUAGUUUAGCAUCCAUGUUAACAGUACAUCAGUUGCAGCCUAUUGUCACUGAUGUUAAUGAUCUGAUCAAGAAUGGAAAGUCUGUUGGGUGCCAGCAAGCUUCAUUUGUUGCUGGUAUGUUAAUGGCCAUGGGGUUUGAGAGCACAAGAAUUAGGAAGUAUAGGCUGGAUAGCACAUUAGAAGCCUAUGAUGAAGCACUUAGAAAAGGAAGUGAAGAUGGUGGAGUUGAUGCUAUUAUGGAUGAGCUACCCUAUCUUAAGCUCUUCCUUGGAAAGUAUAGUCGAAAGUACGCUACUGUUGGUCCGACCUACCAUACCGCUGGUUUUGGAUUUGCAUUCCGGAGGGGAUCUCCUUUGGUGCCUAAUAUCUCAAGAGCAAUAUUACGUGUGACAGAGAGUGGGGCUAUGAUCAAAAUUCGGGAAAAAUGGUUCGGGGAUGAAACACAUGGGCAAGACACAGCAGCCAUACAAUUGAAUAAUCCUGAGAGUCUGCCACUGAAAAGAUUUAAAGAGCUCUUCCUUAUUGCUGGUGGAGCAAUAUUAUUAGCCCUUAUCAUCUUCUUUGUCUCCUUCAUAAAUGAGAACAAGGCCAUCUUAGCCUCUGACAUGUCAAUCUGGGAAAAGCCUUCUGCAUUAGCAAAAGCUUUCAACUCAUCUAGGGAGUCCCAAAAUCCCAAUGAAGAAGGCAACCAAGGUGUGGUUUCCUCCCCAGAAUCAGUGCCUGAACACCAUUGUCCACCAAAUCCAGAAAAUGCAGAUUCUCCAGAGCAAGGCGGUUUAACUCAGGAUGCAGGAUCCAAUACUUCGGAACCCAGGCCUCCAGUUCAUGAAGCCUCACAACAGUUCCAUAACUAA